AUGCUGACUCUUUUGCUUGCUCUUUUACCUGGUGCUGGGGUUGGAAGCUUCAUAACACAGUGGCCAGAAGAAACCCUUAAGAGAACUGGAGAAACUGUGGACAUCUCCUGCUACCAGAAUUAUACCGAAUAUGCCUACGUGUUCUGGUACCAGCAGCCUCCAAGAAAUAAUCUGAAAUUAAUAGUCACUACUUCCACAUGGAUGAAGAACUUUUAUGAGGAAGGUUAUAGUGAGGCCAAGUUUCAGAUAGCAAACAAUAAUAUUCACUCUGUGAUGACUAUCAAGAAUCUGACAUCCAAGGAUGCAGCCAUAUAUUUCUGUGCUGCGAGUGAUCACACAGUGCAAGAUGAGCUUUUAAUGGACUAUUUGCUCUUCUGUGACAGGCCUGGGAAAAGUGAGGACAAGCUGCAAAACAGUGUGAAUAAUGAAAGACUGAACUUUGGCAGUGGGACAAAACUCACAGUCCUAGGUAAGAAUGAAGAAACCAUACCUCCAGCCGUGGCCAUCUUUUCCCCAUCAAAGCAAGAGAUCCAACAGAAGAACAAGGCCACUCUGGUGUGCCUGGCCUCUGGUUUCUACCCUGACCAUCUGAAUCUGGUCUGGAAGGUGAAUGGUGCUGAAAGAACAGAAGGGGUGGGGACAGAUGAGUUUUCCACACGGAACAGGAGUACCUUUUCAUUGACCAGCCGAUUGAGGAUGUCAGCACAGGAAUGGUUCAACCCUUUGAAUAGUUUUGAGUGUAUUGCCAAAUUUUUUAUGAAUGGAACCCAGAAAUCGAUACACAAGUUAAUCCACGGUGAUGCUGGUUGUGCACUCACAGAAGAGUCCUAUCUGCGGUAUGGAAAUUCUCUGAAGCUUACCUACCUCAUGCUCUGUGGCAAAGCUUUGCUCUAUGCAGUUCUGGUGAGCAGUCUGGUGUGGACAGCCAAG